UGUAUGUUUUAUUAUAUAAUAUUUAGGUUAGGCCUUGUUUUAAUUAUUUUUGUAUACUAGUGUCAAAAUAUUCGCCUAUGUUUAUUAAUUUAAUUAUAAGGAGUGAAUUAUAUACUGCACGCCAAUCUCUCGUUCAACGCAAUGUCAGAAACGUCUCAGGAAUCCGAAGCCAAACCGGAACUGAAAAAAACAGGUAUGGAUCCGAAAGCGGUGAAGGACAAAGCGAGCUCGAUCCAAUUGAGUGAGGCAGCCAAGCCAGCAUCCAUCUCCCACAUUGCUCGUCCGGAAGUGCUAAAAGAAGAAGGCAACCGGACCUCCACCAUCAGACGGCUAAGUGAUUUGAAAAGCGACGAUGAUGAUGCAGGCUCUCCUAAUAGUCAAGAAAGCACCCAACAACAAUCCUACCAAAAUAAUGCUGCAAUUGAGUUGAUCAAUAGUGUCACAGGUGCUGAUGAGGAGGGCAGGUCUCGCCAACGGGUUCUCGUAUAUGCUGCCAGGAGGUAUGCUAGUGCUCUGGAGAGAAACCCAGAAGAUUAUGAUGCUCUUUACAACUGGGCAUUGGUUCUUCAGGAAAGUGCAGAUAAUGUUAGUCCAGAUUCUACUUCACCUUCUAAAGAUUCCUUACUAGAGGAGGCUUGUAACAAGUAUGAUGAGGCAACUCGUCUUUGCCCUACAUUUCAUGAUGCUUUCUACAACUGGGCAAUAGCAAUAUCUGAUCGAGCAAAAAUGCGUGGUCGGACCAAGGAGGCUGAAGAACUAUGGGAGCAGGCAACGAAAAACUAUGAAAAAGCUGUCAAACUCAACUGGAACAGUCCUCAGGCGCUAAACAAUUGGGGACUAGCUCUUCAGGAACUCAGUGCGAUUGUUCCAGCACGAGAGAAGCAAAAAAUUGUGAGGGCUGCAAUUAGUAAGUUUCGUGCCGCAAUACAAUUGCAAUUUGAUUUCCAUCGAGCAAUAUACAACCUAGGAACAGUUUUGUAUGGGCUAGCUGAGGAUACCACAGGAACUGGAGGCUCGACAAAUCCAAAAGAAGUUUCCUCAAAUGAGCUGUAUAACCAAUCUGCUAUCUAUAUUGCAGCCGCUCAUGCAUUGAAACCAAAUUACUCAGUUUACAGCAGUGCAUUGAAGCUUGUUCGUUCAAUGCUACCUUUACCCCAUCUCAAAGAGGGAAAUAUGACUGCACCACCAGUAGGAAACGCAAUUGCACCGCAUCGUGAUUGGAAGAGAACAGAAUUCUUUUUGAAUCAUGAAGCACUUCAACAGGUCAUCAAAGCCGAGCAGAAACAAGCUUCUCGAAGCCUCUCUGGCACAAUUGCAGAAGUAACAAAUGAAGAAAACUCAGCUAUCAGAGUUGAGAUUCCAGAUAUUGUGUCUGUAUCAUCAUGUGCUGAUCUAACUCUACCACCAGGUGCAGGCCUCUGCAUUGAUACUACCCAUGGUCCAAUUUUUCUGGUUGCUGACUCGUGGGAAUCUCUAGACGGAUGGCUUGAUGCUAUCCGCUUAGUUUACACAAUUUACGCACGAGGUAAGACCGAUGUUCUCGCCGGUAUCAUUACAGGCUAAGUAUUGUGUUGAGCGUACAUUUUGUCCAAGUCCUUUAGAUCUGUCUUCGAUUUUGAUCUUGUAUAUCAUCAAAUAUUUUGGAAUAAUGUAAGGUUGAGCUAACUUUUAUGUCAAAUUAUUCAUUUGGCAUUUAGAUGAUAAUAUAUUUCUUCUGCUGCUUAUAAGGCAUUUCCAUUCUA